AAUCAAUGCUUAAUAUAAACAUCAUGAGAAAAGAAUCUCCGCUAUUUUUAAUCAAAUAACAUAUUUCUCAUCUUCUUCCUUGAAGAAUUUGCAGCUAUGGCAACUUUCUGCAGUCUCAGAUCACUUUUGGGUCUCCAGAAAUUGGUUUGUUCAGUUUCGCCAUUUUAUCCGAUGCGCAGUUACUCUUCAUCUCCUUUUGGUAGAAUUGGAUUUAUAGGACUCGGAAACAUGGGAGCAAGAAUGGCUGAUAGCUUGAUUAAAGAUGGAUAUGAGGUUGCAGUACAUGACAUAAAUCAUAAUAUUAUGAAGAUGUUCUCGGACAAAGGCGUUCUCACAGAAGAUUUGCCUUUAAAAGUUGCAGAGUCAAGUGAUGUAGUUAUUACAAUGUUACCGUCAUCAAACCAUGUUCUGGAUGUCUAUACUGGAAAAAAUGGUUUUCUUAGUGGUGGUAAUCUACUCAGACCAAGGCUAUUUAUUGAUUCUUCUACAAUUGAUCCUCAAACAUCAAGAAAGGUCUCUGCAGCUGUGUCUAAUUGUUCUUUGAUAGACAAGAGAGAUGGCUGGAAGGCUCCUGCUAUGUUGGAUGCUCCUGUAUCUGGCGGUGUUCUUGCUGCAGAGAAUGGGACUCUUACUUUCAUGGUUGGUGGUCCAGAGGAGGCUUACUUAGCUGCCAAACCCUUGUUUCUCUCAAUGGGCAAAAACACUACCUACUGUGGUGGAUCGGGGAAUGGUGCAACUGCAAAGAUCUGCAACAAUUUGGCAAUGGCUAUUAGUAUGCUGGGGGUGUCUGAAGCCUUUGCUCUUGGUCAGUCUUUGGGAAUUGAAGCUAGCACUCUAACAAAAAUAUUCAAUUCUUCAAGUGCUCGCUGUUGGAGUAGUGACACAUAUAAUCCAGUGCCUGGGGUGAUGGAUGGAGUACCUUCUUCAAGGAAUUAUAUUGGAGGUUUUGCGUCUAAGUUGAUGGCUAAAGAUCUGAACCUUGCUGCAGCAUCAGCAAAAGAUAUUGGAUUCAAGUGUCCCUUGACAUCACAAGCAGAAAAGAUCUUCACAGAGCUCUGCAAUAACGGUCAUGAGGCAAAGGAUUUCUCUGGUGUAUUUCGGUACUAUUACUCUGGAAAGGAUGAGCAGUAAUCCCCUCAGCUAAGGUAGAUGUGUUGGCUAGAGUUUCUGGUUCCACAAUUCGGAAUCCGGAAAGCUUGAUCCAAGAUUACGUGC